AAGUAACUGUUUUUGGGGAGGGGUGGACUUUGCCGGUAUGCCCCUAAUCGCCUGCGAGCGAGACCUGGCUCUCUUAUUGUGAAGAAGAGAAAGACACAAAUCAUGCCCUUGUUUGAUAAAUCCAUAUAUCAACAAUGCCCCUCCUCCUUUUCGCUUGUUUGAUCUCUUACGCAACAUCUCCGAUCGUGAAUCGGUUGGCUCGUUUUCUCUGCCCGUAGAUUUCCGUAAUCGCUCCCGGCGUUUUGACUCGGUUUUGGAUAUUAAAGAUGGAACCGAUGGAUAUUGUUGGUAAAUCGAAAGAGGAUGCGUCGCUUCCUAAAGCAACCAUGACCAAAAUUAUUAAAGAGAUGUUGCCCCCAGAUGUUCGCGUUGCAAGAGAUGCUCAAGAUCUUCUGAUAGAGUGUUGUGUAGAAUUUAUAAACCUUGUAUCAUCAGAGUCCAAUGAAGUAUGCAGCAAAGAGGAGAAGCGGACAAUUGCGCCUGAGCAUGUACUCAAGGCUUUAGAGGUUCUUGGGUUUGGAGAGUACAUUGAGGAGGUUUAUGCUGCAUAUGAGCAACACAAGGUUGAGACUACGCAGGACUCUUUAAAAGGUGGUAAAUGGAGCAAUGGGGCAGAGAUGACUGAGGAAGAAGCAGUAGCAGAGCAACAAAGGAUGUUUGCUGAGGCACGUGCAAGAAUGAAUGGAGGCGCCAUUGCUCCUAAGCAACCAGAGACUGACCGAAGUUUAGAGAGCUAACCUUAGGUGCUUUUAUUUCAUUAAAACCAUAGGCAAGCAUCCUUGACUCUUCAUUCUCUCUCUCUCUCUCUCUCUCUCUCUCUCUCUCUCUCUCAUAGAGUGUACAAAAAGUCAUUUGGCAAGUGCACUAGCAUAUGUGGAUAUGCACUUGGAUUUGUACUUCAACUUACGGACCAUGUCUAUAACUCAAUGUAAUUAGUGCAAGUUCGUCCAAAUCCGCAUCUGUUUCACAACUUUAAUGACAAUUAAACAUAGUAAGUUUACUAGACA